AUUAAAUUGAAGUGAACAGUUGAAUCAACCUUCAUGCGCCAUGUCGGCAUGGAAAAAUGAUGCCGAUGUCAUUCUGAACAGAACAAACGUUGCCUUGGCGCGCAGCCAGCGACUUGUUGCGUCCUGGCUUCCACCCAAGACAGCAGCUGAGGAAUCGGCGACUUCCAAGUCCGAAGAAGAAUUACGCCAGGAAGAGGAUGAGAUUUUCACGGCUGUACCUGAGAGACUCGGACUCGGAGCUCCGCUCCCUCAAAAGGAAGCUGACGGGAGCUGGAAUCGCGGCGAACUCGAUUCCAAUGAGAAGUUGCGGAAGCAGCUUCUUGGAAAGAAUUAUCAGAAGGUUAUGAAAAAGACGGCGUCGACAACGAAUCAAUCGAAUCAAUCGCAUAAACAUCAAGACGUCAGGAACGGGGCAUCUGACGCAGCGUCGUCUCCAGUGCUACUAGUGGCUGGAAAGGAGCGAAAAGAUGGGAAUGAAGAUGACGAUGAGGACGACGAAGGACGAACCUCGCUCGUUGGUAGAAGCAAGAAAAAGAGAGCUGCUGCCGUUGAUGGGUCUGGGGACCACGAUAAUGGCGCAUCUGAUCAGGCUCAAACUGCUGCCGCGCAGCCUGAUGGAGCGGUUGAAGAAGAACUGGUGACAAAGAAGCAGAAUCUAUCUUCGAAGGGGAAAAGAAGGGCCACGAGUUUUCUAGAUGAAAUACUGGCUGACAGAGGAAAAAAGAAGAAAAAAAGAUGAAUGCUCUUUUUUCUCUGUAAGAUUGACAUUCCAUAAUGAGCCGUGUAUACCUCGUUGCAAACAAAUUAGUACAUCAUCCUUCUUUACCCAUUUCCUGGUCUAUCCCAGUGGAUGUCUGCCG